CAUCGAGCCAGACAGGCCGUAUUAUGGCAUCCAUCCAUGCUCAACGAGCUAAGAGAUGGCAUACGAGUCCUUUCAUGGCCGAAUGGCUCUCCAAUGCCGUUGAUUACAUCCGCACCCCUGCCGGAUUGCGAGAGUACGAAAUAUGGUUGGUGUAGGAGUUCGGUCCUGUGUUGGCAGCGAAAAUGGCAGCGUACCCCCGGCAGCCUGCCAGCAGGAGGAAACCCUGGCUCAAGGACAGAGAACUCAUAUUCAACGAGGCUGCCGUGGAACUGGGCGUGGACAUGGACGCCUUGAAGAGCUACCACCGAUUCACAGGGGUGAAGAUGAUCGGCACUCCCCCUCGAACACUUCCCAGCAUCAAGUCAUCACUUAGCUUUCGAUACGUCGGUACUUUGAACUGACUUCACUCGUUGAUACAGGCGACGUCGUGGCGAAAGCUCCAUUGAUUGGCUCACUCGUCGACACGAGGCGGAUACCUCUGGUCACAAAUCCCCUCCUCUCAACCUUGCAUGGCUUCGAUCAAUUGCCAUAUCUGAAUACGAUAAGACCAAGGAUACACUUGAAGCAUGGCGAAGUGAACCCAAAAUGCUAUUCGCCCGCAUCGAGCGCCGAGCGCAAAGCACAAUUUCGCACGACUGGGUUUACAAGCUCGAUCCACAGAAGUUUCAAGCUGUUCAGAUGGAUUAUGCCUUCAAGUCAAGUAUGAUGAAAAUGUCGAUUGCAUACAUGGCGUGGUCAGAAACGACUCGUUUAUUCGAAGACAUCGCUCGGAUGGGUAUCACGACUGCGUCGUCCCUCGAGAGGGCGUACAAAAAGGAUUUCAAACUCAUGUGGCGCCUUGUAGGCUGUACCUCCCGGGUGUACGAGUUACUUUCUCAGAUGAGGGUUGUAUUUAUAGACAGCUUGACCUGGUGCGAAGCAUUUCGGCCGUUGUUCAAUCGCUACCGUAAACCGGAACCAGACAGCCAGAGCGUCAUUCAGGUGAAGGAACGGUAUAGGUAUGCGUCAGCGUCAGCACAACUGAGUGACAUUGAGAGAGUGGUCGUCGCACAUCAUGAAAAACCCGACAUACUGUGCUUUUGCCGAGACAUCGGGAAAGUAAUGUCCGAAGACCCAACAGAACUCAAUAAGUUCUCGGCGGAAUUCUUUGACGAGUUGGGCGAUAUAUCGAUAGUCGAAGAGUUUCUCUAUGACUUCAUGCAUAGCGACUUCGGCGAAGGACUCAAAAGCCAUUACCUAUCCCUUGCUUCAGAGCCUCAAGGUCUCGCGUCCCUCCCCGACUUCCUCCCAACCAUUCUCCGCAUGAACCCAAAUCUGAUCAAACCCGUCAACUACUGGCAACGCAUGUCAAGCCCUGUCGGCGCUUUUAUUCGUGCCGAAACCGAUCUUCUACGAGCUGUCAUCUACCCAGGCAAUAUCUACUCACUCACUCAAGCCUACGUGUCCGGACCAUCUAUCUCACCCACUGCCUUCAUGGAAAUUUUCGAAAAGACCUGGCUUGAGAUCGAUGCAGCGUUUUAUGAUGGUGCUUGUCGACUCGACGCGCCUGGAGCUUCAGGGUCUGUGGCCAAAUCCUUUGGCUUUUACUCGCCGAAGGAUCCAGAGAGGCCGUCGCUCACCAAGUCCCUCUUCCGCAUGUUCGAUACUAUGUUGAGCGCUAGAAACUUGAAGUUGGAAGCGGCGACGACUCCAGCUCCGCCGAGACAAACGUUUAAGGAGACCAUUCCCGUAACAAAUCCUGGAGAGUCUACCGCUACCUCGGGACAUGCGUAUCGCACAGAAGCGGCUAAAGAGGCGGCGCCUAAGAAGAAGAAAAAGAAGACUCGAAAAGCAACUGACAGUGUUUCCGAGAUCAAGGAACCCCAGGUCGUUGUAGAGGAAGUUGUCGAGUCGGAUGAGGCAGACCGUUUCGACGCUUUGCCUGAUGUGCUCCCCGCUGAAUUCAAACUCGGAAAGAAAACACUAAAUAUUUUCCACAAAGUCCUCGACCUCGACGAGCACACCAAGGAUACGGCCGAUGUGGCUGAGAAAAAGGGUCAGGUACGAUGGGGCGACUUUGAACGUGCCAUGAAAAGGGUUGGCUUCGAGGUCUAUGAGACCGCGGGGUCGUCAGUGCGGUUUGAUCCUCCUGCACGCACGGCCAGGCCCAUAACUUUCCAUCGUCCUCACCCAGACUCGACAUUGACACCACCGCUGCUGAAAUGGAUCGGUGCUCGCCUUCGAAGGUGUUAUGGCUGGACCACAGCGACUUUCCAACGCGAGACGCAACCUGGACCAGAUGCGUAAGGGCGCGUUCGGCUGCCAUCAACGUUGCAGCGUUGCACCGCCAAAACACGGAGAAGCGCUGCUGCCCCUGAGCUCCCCGACGGCUCACGCGUGCAGCCCACUUUAUAUGAACGUCGAAUUUCUUGGAUAACUUUCUUGGGCAUCUAUUGCUUUGUAUCUACGCUUCUCUUUUCUUGAUUUGUCCGAGCGAGUGGACCCGGUGACUAUGCGCUCUCGUAUGUGUGAAGCCUUCGUACACUUGAGUAUUGUAUAUAAUGUAAUACCAUCAUU